CCCACUGCAAUGAGCGCAUUCCCACGAGAAUGCAAACCUGAACUCCGCUUUCAGGCUCGCCGUUACCGCGGCGGAAUCAGGGAGCAUCAGCUACAGAAAAAAACAAACACUGGUGGGCUACUGUACACCAAGGUGAGAUCACUCCCUUGUUGAAAGGACAAAGAGAAACAUGCAAGUACUGUCGAGCAGCUCGCCCGUGCUCGACGAAAAAGAGGCAGUAACCGAGUAACUACCGGACGGAGACUCCUAAAGCCUGUGCUGUUUUUCAAGGCGGAUCAACUAACUGCAGUUAUAAUACAGAGCAAUAGAGAUCAAUUGCUGGGUAAAAUCACGUGCCCGCGCAUGUCACCCACGGUUACGAGAGAAAGUUGCAGUUGAGGAUGUAGCGGGGAAGAGAGGAAUGUAUCAUAUGGACCUAACAGUACAUCUGAAAGCAUCGAUCAGUGAGUUACAAGAAACAUACUUUGUAUGUGUAUUUUGUACUACGGGACUUAAAGUGACAAUAAUAAGACAAUAAAGUGUUUGGGCUGCUUUGCUAGGAAGAAACGUGACACUGGAUUCCGAAUGCAACAAUUAACCUUGAUUUGGACAUUAAGAGGAUUAAAUCAUAUUCUGGAAUAAAGAGGACUGUGCUCUCGGGAACAUUGUUAAAAAAUUUUAUGGUUUGUUGCAAGCAAACAUAUAUACUGGUGCACAAAGAUAAUAAUAGGUGACACCAAAUGACUUUUUUUUUGUUUUGUUUAUAAAAGUCAGUCGUUUUAUCAGGUCGAUAUAUUACCAAAAAUAGAGUUUCAAGAGCAUCCCCGUGAUAAGGGAAAGGUGUGAGCACUGUAAGGAAAGACACAUAAGUCAGAAUUGUGCUGCGUGCGUUACAAAGGAUGAACGCGACGAUUGAUACAGUUAGAUAAUUAUUAUCACCGUUUGGGCUGUAUUUGCUCCGGUACACGGAAUUCACACGCGACACUGUGUUUCUGCUGCCGGGACUUCCACUCCAGCGAUUUGAAAUGAGGACCGCAUUCGAAUCCCCGGCUGUCUGAGGCGCACACUUCAGUUUUCAGCUGGUUUUCUUCCUUUCGAAGUAACAUAUACGGAAGAAAAACUGAAACAAGUAAAAAAGACGUCCGAUUACAAUGGAUUUGCAAAAUAACUGGACUGCAUCAAAAAAGACUGUGAUGGCAAAGAUCUUUAAAGUUCGCAAGAGGAGAGAGAUGUUGUUCCUCCAAGUGUGUUUCAUCUGCAGCAUACUGUUUUUGGCGUGGUGCAUGUCAACAUUGCUGUCAAAAACAGGUCAUGGACUGACUGCCACAGGAAAAUGGACAGCAGAAGAACGAUUGGGAAUACGAAGACUCAUGUCAACAGCAGUAGAAAACAUAACGGAUCAAGAGAAGAACUGCACAGAGCCAGCUAUCAAUGAGUUCCCUGAAGACCUGUUUACAAACAAAGAAAGAAAACAAGGAGCUGUGCUGCUGCAUAUAUUUGCGACCCUGUACAUGUUCCUCGCUCUGGCUAUUAUCUGUGAUGAUUUUUUUGUUCCUUCUCUGGAAAAAAUAUGUGAGAAACUUCAUCUGAAUGAAGAUGUAGCUGGGGCUACUUUCAUGGCAGCAGGGAGUUCUGCCCCCGAGCUCUUUGCUUCAGUAAUAGGUGUCUUCAUCACCCAUGGGGAUGUGGGCGUUGGAACUAUUGUUGGCUCAGCAGUAUUCAACAUCUUGUGCAUAAUUGGUGUCUGUGGAAUCUUUGCAGGGCAGGUCGUGAUACUCACCUGGUGGCCUGUGUUUCGGGAUUCCAUCUACUACACCUUAUCAGUGGUGGCUCUCAUUCUGUUCAUUUAUGAUGACAAAAUAGUCUGGUGGGAGAGCCUUAUUCUCAUCAUCAUGUAUGCUGGCUACAUCAUGAUCAUGAAAUUUAACACAAGUAUGCAGAAUUACUUCACAGGCAAAGUGGACAAGAAUUUAGCCAAUGGUAACACAAUGAGCAGCGAACUGGAGGAUGGUAAUACUUGUUAUGACAUUAGGUGGGAUGACCCAUCAGUGCCAUUGCUGAGGCAAGUGAAAAUGAGCAAGACCUACAGCAAGAAUUCAGUGGUCAUGGUGGACGAAAUCAUGUCCUCCAGUCCCCCCAAGUUCAGGUUCCCCGAGGCAGGCCUGCGGAUCAUGAUCACCAAUCACUUCGGCCCCAAGACAAGGUUGCGGAUGGCCAGCAGGCUAAUCAUCAAUGAGCGUCAAAGGUUGGUGCAGGCAGCCAAUGGCGUGGACAGAGUUAUUCUGGAUGCCAAGCAUGACAACAUUGAGAACGGAAACGUUCCCGAGGACAAGCAGGGCGAGGAAGAAGAGUCCAAUUUGUCAUCUCCGUUUUCUGUUCCAAAUGGCUGUAUGGACACAACAAAGUGGCUUAUCUCCUGGCCAGUGCUGCUUCUCCUGUAUUUCACUGUCCCCAACUGCUCUAAGCCCAGAUGGGAGAAAUUCUUCAUGCUGUCUUUCAGUCUGUCUACUCUGUGGAUUGCUAUCUUCUCUUACAUCAUGGUGUGGAUGGUGACAAUAAUCGGUUACACUCUGGGAAUCCCUGACGUCAUCAUGGGCAUCACCUUCCUGGCUGCAGGAACGAGCGUGCCAGAUUGCAUUGCCAGUUUAAUAGUGGCUCGACAAGGCCUUGGCGAUAUGGCAGUUUCAAACACCAUAGGGAGCAACGUUUUUGAUAUUCUUGUAGGCCUUGGAGUGCCGUGGGGAAUCCAGACAUUGGCUGUAAAUUACGGAUCAGAGGUUAAAAUCAAUAGCAGAGGUCUGGUGUAUUCAGUGGUGCUUCUUUUAGGAUCUGUUGCUCUUACAGUAUUGGGUAUUCAUUUCAACAAGUGGAAACUGGACUUGAAGCUGGGCAUCUAUGUACUCGUACUUUAUGCCGUGUUCCUGUGUUUUUCCAUCAUGAUAGAGUACAAUGUCUUCACCUUUGUCAACCUACCAAUGUGUCAAGAGGGCAUCUAAACUGCCAAGACCAAGGAAGAUGCUUCUUGUUUUACUUUUGACUUUAUCUUUUUCUGAAUUCCACCUUUUCCUACCUUUCAUCCUUACUGGAAUAAGGCUGGAAUCCUUGCUGUUUUUAUGGAAUUGUAGUCUUCAUGUCCAUUAAAAAAAUCAAACCACUAAAUCAUAAAUAUGCAUAUUCUUUUUUCAUUUUGGGCAGCAGUUACAAUUGUUUUCCUUUAAUCUCUGUUCAUCCUGUGGAGCCCCGAGAAGGAUCUUCUUUUUCUAUAAAACUACAGAAAUGUCUUAUAAAAAUGUGAAAAGUGGCACAAUCAAGUUCCAUUUUUUGAGAUCCGAUUCUCUCUCUUGUACAACCACAAAACCACAAUGCCAUACAUUCAACAGUUAUUUUGUUUUGUGCAAGUCAUCAGUCUCUGUCAUCAAGUGGACUUAUUAAGAGAUGGCUGAAGUAUAAUUUUUCUUUGUCUCACUGGUAUUUUUUAUAACCUGGAAGCAAAAAAAACUUUUUAAACUGAGGAGCAGUGCAUCAAGAAAUAAUAUCACUGUAAUUUUUGGAAGCACUAAUCAGAAAAUUUUGUGACCGUGGAAUGCUAACAUUUUGAUGAACAAAUGAUUUGUUCAUGUUUAACCUCAGAAGCACCAGCUCUGCAAAGGUCAAAUGUUUCCUCUUGCAAUCAGUUAGCUCUAGAGCUGAUCCAUUUGGAAAAGAGAUUUGGAAGCUACAGUAUCUUACGUUUAUAAAAAAAAUAUCUAAUCCUUUUCUUUUUCCUGGUUAGGCAUUUCAUUAGGUGCAAGGAUAUUGUGCAUAGAAAAAAAAUGGCUACCUUUUUAAAAGGAAAUAUGUUUUUUUUUUCUUAUUGGAAACAUUCCAGUUCUUGUUUUCUGUGGGGCAAGGAGAGCUCUGUAACAGUUCAACCAUCUGAUUCACCAAUUGAAGUGGAAAGUACCGUCUUCAAAGGGUUGCUUUUCCAGGGUUUAUUGAGUGCUUCACUCUGGGAAAAGACAAAAGAAGUGCUCUGAUAAACAGUAUCUGCUACUUUCAUUUGUUUUAAGAAUCAUAAUUGCUCUGCUGCUUCCAUAGAUGAGAAGGCAUUAGAAAAGCUUGUUUAAUAAAACCCAUGGUAAUAGAAUUCUUCAUUGUUCGAGAAUAAGCAGAGGCCUGAACUUUACACACUACUGUGCUAACAAAAGGUGCAACAUUGUGGCUUAUACGAGCAUGCCUUCCAACAAUUAAAACUGAAAGAGCCCACACUUGCCCACUCUAAUACAAUGUCCAUGAUGCCACAGGAAGUACCUGCUUGUCCGAGUGGAAAAAAAGAUUGAAGUUACACUCCUAGGGCAUUUCAGAAUGAUCUGUCUGCUGACCAGAGGAGCCCCUAAUAUUUCUAGCUGCACACCAUCCAGUCUGGUGCUUGCUGCAUUUCAGAGGCAUGCUGUACAGUCUAGCAAACCAGAGGGAACAUUUUAAAAGUGGAGAAUUUUCACUUUGCGUUUUUUGCGUGGCUGUUUUGGGAUGGUUUUUUUCUUGCUGAGCAGAGAUGGGAAGCUCUUGUGGAAACUCCUCCUCUCUUGUCCAGUAUCACUGUCCUGCAGCUUUCAAGAAUACUAAGUGAAUACUGAAUGUAAUACACAAUUAAAACCUCCACAAAGGUGGCAGGGUUCCAUAGGUGAAGUGAAGUUUUUAAAUGCGGGUGAGAUCUUUCUUCAAGAUGCAGGACGUAUCCUGCAGCUCCUCAUAACUGGGCACUUUGUUUCACUUCCGUAAGCUGCUGGCAGCUGUAAGCACCUUCAGUAAGCACCUUCAGGGUACCUGCUUGGAGAAACUGAUGAGAGCUCGGAUGAGCAAAGGCAGACUUCAUGAGGCACUAAGAAAUGAUGGUUUUAGCCAAAUUCUGUAUUUCAGAUAUGCAGCGUGUCCUGUACAGUUUUGUUUUCUGAGGCAUACAGUAUCUCUGCCUUCUGCACAUACAGUACCAGUUUGGACCAUGUAACAGCCUCUUCAAUAAUGAAAGACUGGAAUUGUCAAAGAAUGAAAAUUCACAAAUGAUUCCUUGAGGAAAUUAAGGCAAGAGCACUCAAGGAAUUCUCAAUGGGCAAGUUUUUAACACAUUGUGUCCCUCUGAGUGCCGAAGACUUCAGAAUAUGUGCACAUGCAGGAGGCUGGGACAGGCUCUGGGUUUUUGACAUGCAAUCUGUAAUUAUAUUAUGAAUCACAAAUUUUACUCUUCAAUAAUGUGUAUAAAUGUGUACUCGUAUGCGAACAUGAUCUCUGAUUUCUGAAUGCUGCCAAUAUCAUACUGUACAUACCUGCAUCUCUUUACCAGCAAGAACUACUGGCUGAUAAUCAUACAUUUUCACACUUAGUUUUCUUGAUUGAUCUGGAUUUUAUGGGGAAACUGAAGUCUCUGCUGUUCUGCUAGGUGGCUGAUUUUUAGCUUGUUAGUGUGACAUGUAUGACCUUGCAUUUAAAAGAAAAAGCCCAUAAGACUGUCACAUAGAUUUGUUUUUACUGUUUACCUACAAAUUACAAAUUACAAAACUACUGCAUUGAAAGAGCUGGCAUGUUCCACUUUCACCUAAAAUGCCCCUAGCCAGUAUUUGAUGUUUUGGAGCCAUUGCAGGGUAUGACUGAUCUGAUAAUAACGAAUGAGACUAGGCCCCCCAGUUUAAUAAUUAAGAUUUACAUCUCAACAUUUGGUUUAUUUAGACAUCAGCUAAGGUACAUAAGCUGGGCUCAAGUCUUAAUAACAAUCAGGAAUCGCAAUAAACAGUAUUUAUUUUAUAAUAUUUUAUAAACAAUAUAAACCAGCAAUUAAAAACCAGAAUAAAAUUAAAACAAACUUUGCUACCUCCCUCCCUUCCCCACCUACAACAACAGCUCAUUACUGAGGAGGAGAAAAAACAAAAAACACAUAAUCUAAAAGCCCAUGACUACGACAAUGGUAGGAAUAGAAAACAUACAUAUUUAUAAUAUGGAAUACUAAUUUAAAUAAGAUAAUUGUUCACUCCCAUGACCUGAUUUAUCUACAGUAGCACCAGGGAUUAUUUUUGUCAAAGACUCCACAGAUGUUAUCUCUGGCUAUAAGAGCUUUGAAUAUUAUUAAUACAGCAUUAUUAAAUUAUUAACCCACAUGUUAUUUGUGUGGGUUAGAAACAGCCAUGCUUGCCAUUAGGCAAUCUAUAAUUCAUGUUACUCAGAAUCUUAAUCACAAUGUGAUCACAACAUUCAAGGAAAUUGUACAGGAACAGCGAUUGUUAAGUGUUGAUGAAAUCCAACCUAAUUGACUCAUUGUCAAGUGUUCCUUGUCAUUAACUUUGUCUCACCCUACACUUCCUGAAAAGCUGAACACUGUACUUGUAGAGAUCUAUCAGGGUUCGUUAUUGAACAAUUCCAGUGGAAGCUCAUCAUAGAAUUGUGUUUCUGCUUUGAAAGGAAAAAGAAUAGUGAAAUAAAUGGAGCUAUACCAAGCAGCUAAGCCUGCACAGCAGCAUACUGUAGGUUGCUGUCCCUGUUCAGUUUGAAAUUCUUGUUGGGGUGACUUAAUUGUGUUGCUGUUGAUUUUUAGUUUGUUCCAGUGUCUAAAUUUUUUAUUAUCGUUGCUCUGGGUGAGCAUUGUUUAAACUUUGACAAAAAUGAAAUCUCUGCAUAUCUGAAGACUUUACACUACAGUGUAAUCUUUUAACCAUAAAGACUGGGGCAAUUCUGAUAUUAAAAAAAUCAGUUUUUUUAAUCAGAAUCAGAAUUGCUUAAUUGCUAAAAAUUGCUAAAAAUCAGAAUUGCUUAAUUCUCUUUCUUAUAUAAAUUAUUAUAGGUGGAUUUUUCCAUUCCAAAUACACAUUGCCCUCUAACAAUAAUGGAACAACAAAAUAAAGCUGUCAUUUUUGCUUCAUGGUCAAGCAAUUUAUCUUUUUGAUAAUGAGAUUUGUAUGAAUGAUAUGUACAAGACAAUAUACUGUAUGUUUUAGUUUUGGAAUUAUAAACCAUUCAGUAUUUGAUGCAUGUGUAUUGAAGAAUAUUUGUGUUCAGCUGUGUAUUUCAACUCAUCCUAAAGAGAAAGGUGUGUGACAGGAUACAUUUUUCUAACAUUUUUGUGCUACUGUUUAGACAGGUGAUAAGUUAUUCCAGCAAUCGAUUCUGAGUUAACACUGCUUGAAUGCUGUAAGAAAGUAGUACUGCCAUUGAAACUAAUAAUGAAGCUUUUCAAAAUAAAUCAUUCAUGUAGUAUGAGCAAUGUAACAGAAACUAGCAGUUUAAAAAUGGUCCCUUUCUAACAAAAAAAUCCAUAAGUACUUUCAACCUAAAUCCAAACCAAGCAGUUAGCAACUGAUAUGAAACAAUUUGACAGCUUUCAAAUUCCUUGAAAGUGCAGUAGUUUAUUCUUUUGGUUUUUGUAAUUAAGUAUUUAUCAUAUAUUUACAUAGUUGAAAAGUUAUAUUCAUUCAAAUAGUCAUGAGUCAUAAAACAAGACAUAUUAAAAUAAACAACAGGUGCACCAGAAAGAAGUUGAAUGACAAUUUUAAUAAAUUGUAAUAAUCUUUUUUACAUACUGUACAUUUCACUUUGCUGUGGGAAGGUUUAUAGGUUUAGAUUUAUAAGUAUAGGUUAUAUGGUAUAGGUUUAUAAGAAACAGCGUGAUGUUUAUGAUUUAGCAUUCAAACUGGAGUUAGUAAAAUACUAACACUAGCAAGCAUAGACUUUAAACUCCAUAUCAUCUGCGUAAUAUGUAAUAAUUUUUACCUGGAUGGGCUCUUUGGUUCGGCACUUGGUUUGGUUCGGAAAAACUCAUAAAUUAGUAUGUCACAGCAGAGGCUGAAGUCAUCCUUGUGAAAUUCAGCAAGCAACGCCAAACUUCAGAAAAUGGCAGCUAUAAGUGAUUGUGGGAGAUUUAUAAUGACAUUUCUACUAAAUGUGCUCAAAAGUACCUUUUGGUAACAGGUAUGAUAACUGCAUGCCUGACAUAAGCUAUAAGCCAUUAUACAAACAAUACUGGCAGAAAAUGCCAUUUCUCCCUCAUAUACUGUAAAUGAGAGAUACCCAUUUGUGGUUUUUAAAGGAAAAUCCCUUCUUGUUUCUCAGUGGCUGGGCAAAAGUAUAAGCAAUAUUGCUUGUCUGUGAUAAAAGUGAAUGGCAGUAGUUACGUUGGAAUGUGGUAUAUUAGACAAAUGUGUUUGUAACUGCAGAUCAUACAUCUACUAAACUCUAUAGAAUCCACAGAUAUUUUUACUCUCUCUAAAAGGGUGGGAUGUUCAAUGCUAUGUUCUUGAGACAAAUAUUAUCCUUGUAAUGACUUUUAAUCAUGACAGUGCUGAAGCACAAAUAGAAGCACAUAAUGCAUAAUUAAAUAGAAUUUGCUGUCUCUCCCUAGAUUUAUGAAGGUAUGAAACUAUUUCUAAAGCAGACAAUAGGCCUUCCAUCAGGGUUCAACAAACCGUUUCCUCAGGUUGUCAACCAGCCAAGCAAGGGUAAUUCAGUUUAUCCUGAAAACACAAAGUUCUGCUAAAUGUCUCAUGUAUCAUGAUUAGUUCUGUGGUAUUCAAGAAACAAUUUACAUUGUUAAAAAAGCACUAUUUACAAAAGCUAAUUUUAUAUAGCGAGUGUUAUAAAAAUACAGUAAAUGGACAGUUCUGCAAAGGCAAAGGUGUAUCAAGAUGCAUCUAAAACCUUUUUUCUGUGGACAAUAGAAAUGAGCAGCAUAUUUACUUUAUAUCAGUCUAAAAAAAGCAGUUUGGCUUUAAGAUGGAGUACGUGACCGUUGUUUCUGGUGUACUUAUUAUUAUUGUUUCUUGAAAAAAACUUUUUAUUUUGUAUCUUUAUGUACAUAAUUGACUGGGUUGUAAGAUCACAGCCCCAUGGCUGUAAGAAUACUGGGGGUUUUAUCUGCUGCCUAAGCUCUUGAGAGAAGUAAGUGACCACACAUGCAGAGUUGAGCUCUUUCCUCCCCCUAUAAAUAGACUGUCCAUUUUCUUCACACCUCACUCUACAUAACCUCACUCUAUACAGUCUUACGAAACUGUUUAUUUGCUUGGACUAAUUAAACAUUUUAAAGCACUCCAUGACUUAGGUAUCUUGGAAACUUCUAUAGAAUAUUUUACUGUUUUACAGUAUGUUCUGGUGACCGUACUUAAUGAUAAUAUACAGUACAGUAUCUACCUUUCGAACUCAAUAUCUUGCAAUCCAGAUAAAUCUGGACUAAACAGGAAUACAAAAAUUACUGUAUAUGGUUUCAGUUAAACAGUUAUGAAACACCCCAAAUUUAUCUAUAGACCUGGAGCAUUCCAGAGUUCUGUCCCUGAAUGCAUCUCAAACAAAACACAUUAGCAGGCCAAAGAGAGAAAACCUGCAUCCUAAGAAGAAAAUGGUGAAUCCUGGGUAGGAUCCCUCUCUAAAACACAGAUGCCCUCAGGUGAAUGGAAAUAAUUUUCCCUGUUCCAAAAAUGCAUCACUGAAGUACAGUAGGAAAUCAAAAUUUCUUAAAAUAACAUGGCAAGGUCUCUUGCAAGAAUGUUUAGAUUAGCUAGCAAGAAUCUGGUACCCAGUUUGGCUUGAAAAUGGAACUCUGUGAGUUACAGUUUUGGACAAAAUGAAUGAUUAUGAUGAUAUACAGUAUGUUGUCCCUUUGUCUCCUUUCCGGUCUCCGGUCUAUAUUUUUGCUGAUAUCCAUUUCUAUAGAGAGUGGCUUAAUGGCCUCAGAAGGAAUGACCUGCUCACUGUUGAAUGUUUAUUCUUUAAUAUGGCUGUCUUAAUGAUUUACUGUGAAGGGACACGCUUUGAUCAUCUUUGGCUUAACUCCAAGCUCAAGGAUAGCUAGGCAAAUACAAACAAACAAUAACUGUUGUUCCAAACACUGUAAGGUAAGCCUUGCUAAUCUUCGUUCUACCCCCCCCCCCCCCCCCCAGUUACAUUACAACAAUACUAAGGGUGUGUAAGGUACUUAUACUGCAUAAACCUUUAUAACAUGUUAGUUAUAUUGUUUAUCAUCGGUCUGAUGCACCUCCGACAACCAAAAAUAACUGUACUUAAGAGGAUGUAUUGCUGUAAUAGUAAUUCAGUAUAGUAUUUAAAAUAAAAAUAAAAAAUUAUCUGGCAGAGAAGUACAUUUGAAAGACCAACUGCACAAACUGAAAGAUUAGAUAGAUAACCUCUGGGUCCCCUAAGUGAAAAAUCAGUAGGUGUAAUAAAUAGGAAACUCCUUUCUGCGCAUUAAACACUGAGUCUUUUCCAUUUUGUGUUUAACAAUAGCAAAUGGAAGAGAAAUGAAUAAAUCAAGAUCUAUGUUCUAUUUUGAUCUAUGAUCUAUUUUCUUUAUUUUUCAUCAAACACCUUGAGACAAAAAAUGUCAGGAGAUUCCUCCUGAACAGCACAUGAAUCAUUUAAAUGCCUGGGUCCACCAGGAAUUUCAGACACUGGAAUGUGUCUGGAUAUUUGUGGAUGUGGGGGCAGGGCAGUACGGAUGCAUAAACCUUCCAAGUUAUAUUAAUUGUGCAUUUUGGUUCUGAAAGAUUCGAAUGCUGUGCACAUGUGUAUGUAACCAAUGAAUGAUGCUGUAUUUUACUGUUUCCCAGUGGUGACCAGUCCAUCAUCUCUAUACAACCACAAACCUAGCAGACUGGAGCCCUUAAAGCCCUAUCACUGUGUCAGCAAUUCCCCCUUUCCCUACUUCCCUGCUUUGCGGGUAGUCUGUUACCAGGCUUUAAAUUUGGUUUGUCCUUAAGACUGUUAACCUUGACAGGCAUGUGAGAGACAUUUAAAGUGGGAAAAGGCACAUUGAUUGAAAAUGAGAAAGAAUUGAAAGAGUAGCUUGCAAAGGAAACUUAAAGGAGAUAACAGAACUUCCAUCCUGUUUUCAACUUGGGGUGCGACACUAUCAGGGAUUUCCUUUCUGCUAGCCUGUUGUGGCUGCUGGGCAUUACAGGAUCACCAGUCUUUCUCUUGGACAUGAUCUCUUUCCUGCUGGUGAGAGCAAAGGCCCCAUUUGAAUUAACAGACUUGCACUGAGCAACACUUCAGUGAGUCACAAGUUCCUUAAGAUGUGAAAAAAUAACACUGUGGUCACUGAGGUUAUUAUCGAAUGGCAAAGCAUUUGAAAGCAUAGUCCUGAGUGCAUACUGCUGCAACCUGUACAAUGACCAUGAAAAAGGUGGGUAGGUGUUUCCACCACGGAUCUAUCAGUUCUUUCAGCUUAAAAAGAUUACUUAGUAAUGCACGGAAAAUAACAACAGGAUGUAUUACUGAGGUUGCUUUCAACUAAGUACAGGUUUGGGGAAAACAUCACAGUAGUAUGGUCAGAUAUUGAAACGUAACAUUAUUAGAUAAUACUUCAGACUGAAAAGUACAGUAUACUGUAUACAUCUUUCAUCUUCCUCUACAUUAUAGAAGAACGAAAAGGUGUAUUUUGUGUGUUAUUUUUAAAUGAACAGUCCAUAAAAAUGUUAACAAUUAAUUAGGCAGUGUCUCAUGCUGUUUAUUUGUUUUCACAAAGUUUUCACAAGUUACAUUUGCAGAGCUUGAAAAAAUUCAAGUUGUGUUUGAAAGAAACUUCAAUAUGUACAGUAAGCUGAGCCUUGACAUUUUUGGGGUAAAGUUAAAAGUUUCAAUUGUUAUGUGCAUGUAGAUUUUCCAGGAAGCAAAUCAUAUGUGGUCACUUACUAUUUCCAAUUAUUUAAGAUUUAACUGAUGAUAAACAUGCUCUUGCUUUUUAUUUUGUCUAAAUGUUUAAGAAAUAUAUUGUGAAAAUUCACAGAAUUCAUUACAUACCUGUUCAUUUACCGUUUUUUAUCAAGCUUCAUCUUACCUACGGCAUUACAGGAUCCUUCUGUUUCAGAAGGCAGUUAAAAUUCCCUUUGAAAGGUAAGCAGUCAAUGGAUUCUGAAGCAAUGCUGUCAAAAUUAACAGUUGUCAUUCAUGUAAAAAAUAGACAGGUAUGUAAUAAUUUGAAUGAAUAUGACCUGAUGCACUGUGAAUGCAAUGUGAUGUAGGGUCAUUUCUAAAAUAAAAUUCAAUAACUCGUAUAAAGUUACUAAAAUGAAGACAUCUAUAUAUACCUGUAUAUAUGAAUUGUAUGAAUAUAUUGUCUUGCCAUUUAAUAUAUAGUAUCAAACCAGUGCAUUUUACUGUAAAGCAAUAAAAAAAGAAAAUUGGAAAAAUUACAAUUCCUAUACAGUACAUUGUUACAUAAUUCCUUGAAA